AUACAACCACAGCCAAGGCCAAGCCAAGGCGAGACGAGUCGGUUGAGCGCGUGUGUUGUGUUGUUUUCAAUGAAAGCGACCGAAAAAGGGAGCUUUUUUGUGUAGUUUCGGCCCAAGCUUUGUGGUUUACAGCACUGGGCAGUGAGCACUUAAAAUAGUCAAAUCGCUGUCAGCGCCCAGUGAUGCAGCCUCGUCGGGGGCGAGGUCAGUCCCAGUUGGGGCUGGGAGUCAUCAUGCUGGCCUCGCAGCUCCUCAAUGUCGGAUUGGACCGCAUCCCACCCGUCACUCUGGCUACCAUUGCUGCUCAAGUGGCGCUGUUUCUAAACAUCAUCCGUCCGCCGUGGCACCGGUAUGAUGCCUGUAUCAGUGUGCUCACUGUGCUGCGUCAGGGCGACUACAAGCGCAUCCUAAUUAGCACCUUCGAACAUGCCGACGAGUGGCACCUUUACUACAACAUGGUCUCUUUCCUCUGGAAGGGCAUGCGUCUCGAGCAAAGGAUGGGAAGCCGGCGGUUCGCCAUUCUUCUGGCAGUGUUCUCAGUCUCCUGUAGCAUGACCUAUCUGGCCUUGGCCAAGACUGCUACAGACUUCUUCCACGAUGGCUCAUACUCCAGACAAUGCGCCAUUGGAUUUUCAGGUGUGAUAUUCGCGCUGAAGGUGCUCACUCACCAGCUGGAGAGCGCGCCCGGCACGUGGACCUAUUUGUCGGGCCUGGCGGUGCCGGCGCGCUGGGCAGUCUGGGCCGAGCUGGUCCUCAUCCACAUACUGGUGCCGGGCGCCUCAUUCAUCGGCCACCUGGCGGGCAUUCUCGUAGGCCUGGCUUACACGUACGGGCCGCUAGAGUACGCCGUCAGCUGCCUCGACAAGAUUAUUGCAGUACCGUUGGCCAGGGCAGGCUCGGCCCACCCUCGGGGCGCCUCCUACACCUACCACAGCGGCUCCACGGGCCGGCGGAGCGGCGGCGGCGGCGGCGGCUCCUGGUCGGCCGGUGGUCCCCGCUCGGGCCCGGCCGGCGGUCCCGGCUCGGGUGGUCCGGGCUCCGGCGGGUUCUGGGGCGCGGCGCCAGAGUACGGCGGCGGCUACCCUCCGCGGCCGUCAGCUCCGCCCGACUACGGCUGGUCGGUGCCGCCGCACGACGGGCCCGCCGGCGCCGAUGACGGUGACGAGGACGCCGCGCUGGCCGAGGCGAUCCGCCGCUCGCGGCAGACGUAUUCAGAAGAGUCGGCGGCGCGGCGCCGGUUCGAGCCCUCGGCGCCACCGCUCUGAGUGGACGCCCGCCGGCUCCAGUCAUCGCCACCUAUUGAUCCGCUGAGGCGGCUGAGUCGCGAUUCGGAAUCGCUGUUUUGUUGCGGCCGCCGCCGCCGCCGGCGGGGGGCUGGGCGGGGGCGGCUGUUUGUUGCGUGAUAUAGCGGAGGACGAGACGUCCUGUCGGUGGCGACAGGCGGCCGCGGAACGAGUGCCGACGCUCGGACCGGGGCGGGUCCGACGGGGACGGAGUUAUCGCACAGCUCUCUGGAAGGUGGUGACGUGAUAAGAACGAAUGUUAUGUGAGCUGGUUUCGGGCGGGGUGGGAGAGUCUCAGCCGUCUCCGAGACUGCGCGUGUCUUACCGUACUGUGCGUGUCGUACCGUCUGGUCUGCCCAGUGGCCGGUCACCGUCAGCCUGUGUCCUGGACGGAGCAGCCGGCGCGCCCGCUCACUGCCGUGACACGCCGGCCGCACUGAGUUAUUAGCCAAGUUGCGACGGCCGAUGUUGCCCGGCGAUCGAGUCGCUAACUUGGCCCGCUGCGUGUGUUGGCGGGCGGCGCUCAACAUAUUGCCUCCUGUCGCCUGUCGUCCUCGCGAUAAAGUUCGCUUUAACUCUUCCCCGGUAUCGAUCACGGCAACCUAUCAUCACGCUAUUUAUCGGAACUUGGAAAGCGAAAGGAGCGGGAAGCUGCGGGAUGUUACUAUUUGGUAGUAUAAGAUUGUCGUGCGAGAAAGCUCGUAUGACGAAGUAGCGUUAGCGUGUUGUGGGAACGUUUGUCUGUGAUAUUACUGCUACGUAGUUACCUCAAUCUGUACUGGAUUUUAUUUAUGGUAACAUAAUAAUAUAUUUCAUCUUGUUCUUUUAA